UUAAAACAGGAACCUGUCUGUGCCGGUGCAUCAGUGGCAUCAUCAUGGCUGUACAGCUGCUGUUCUUCGUCUUCUUCAAUUCCCUUUAUGGGACCAAAGCUGAAGCUCUUCCUCCACCGAACCUAACUGUGGAUCGACUUGUGAUGACAGAAACUGAUUCAGUCACAUUAAACUGUUCGGCUCCACCACAUGUUUCUGUGGCUCGGUGUGAUUUCUACAUUCAAAACAAAGAAAUGUCUUCAAACUCGUCCUGUGUGGAAACACUGACAGGAUCUGAGAUGCUGAGGAUGUUAAGCAGAAGAUCACCAGCUGAUGUCAAAGUUAAAUGUUUAUACACUGUAAAGGAUGGAGCGCUACAAUCACCAGACAGUGAAUCAACAUUAAUCACCAUAAACAAUCUUCUUCCAGCCAUACUGACAGUGAAUCCUCUGGUGAUCACAGAGUCAGACUCAGUCACUUUAAACUGUCAGCCUCCAUCUUCUGUUCCUGUGUCUGAUUGUUAUUUCUACAUUGGGAGAGAAAAAAUACCACAAAGAUUUUCUUGUCUGAAGACGAUGACAGCAGCUGAUCUCCUGUCUUUAACCAAACAAAGUUCACCAGCUAACAUUGAUGUAACAUGUUUUUACCUGAAAUCACAUCCAUCUCCAAAGAGUAACCUGCUCUCCAUCAUCAUACAGCUUCCUCCACCUGAUCUGACUGUGAAUCCACAGCAGAUCACAGAGACAGACUCAGUCACAGUGAACUGUGGGACUCCUUCAUUUGUUUCUGUGGAGAAUUGUUUUUUAUAUUUCAUAAACUCAAAGAUGUCCAGAAGCAUUUCCUGUGAGCAAACACCGACAGGAAGUGAGCUCCUGAUGAUGACACAUCAAACUUCACCUGCUGAGGUUGAACUAAAAUGUUAUUACAUGGUGAAGCGUGGAGGAAUGCAUCAGUCUCCAUAUAGUAACACGUCUACAGUCUCCAUCCACAAAGUUCAGGAAACAGAUUCAACCACAUCUCAGAGAGUAACGACUGUCAGUGUGACUGCUGGUCAAACAUUUAGGACAACAAUAGAAACAGAAAGUCCAUUUUCUUCUCCCCCAUCAUCAGUGAAUCCUACAUUAUUUGCUACAACAGAUCCAAGUGGAAGGACCACAGUCAACACAGUUUCUACUUUGUCAACGUCACCAUCAGAGGCAGCAGACAGAACUGACGUAAGUGAGUCAGAUUUACUCACACGCCCUUUAACCCCCACCAAGAAAGACUUGACAACAUCCCAGACCAUCGUCCCAGCUUUCCCAGUGUCCACUGUGAUGAUGAUCUGGAGGUUCAUUGCAGUAGGAAUUACAUCUUUAAUCCUGUUUGGAUUGACUCUAAAAUGUUGUAUAAGCAGGAUGGAGAAAUGUUUUUCGAAAAGAUCAAAAGCUGAAGUUUCAGUGGAGCAGAUCCAGAUGUCUAGUUUGAACAACAGAGAUGAGUGACGACUGAACAGAAGAGCCUCGUCCAACUAAACCGUAGUUAUUGUUUUAUCUUGUGUAAUUUGCAAACCUGUGUUUUUAAAUGAAUGUCCCUUUGAGAAUACCACAACAGCAUUUUAAUAACAAAGCUGGUUGAAUUUACUCCAUAGCAUAAACCAUGAUUUUAUAUGUUUUAAUUAAAAAUAUGUAUAAAUAUCUGUUACAAAUGCCAUGUUGAAUAAAAUGUAAUUUGCUCAAAAAUAAUAAUAAAAAAUGUACAAACCAACACAAAGAGGAGAACGACUUCAAAUUUAGUGUGUUACGUCUUUAUUUUAUGAAUGUAUUUUAUAAUUACAUUUAUGGCUCCUUUCUACUGCUGGAUAUGUUGAUAAUACAUAAAUAACCAAAAUAUAAAUCAUUUUCAUUUUAGGUUUUUGACUUGAAAGAGCAACUCACCAUUAUAUAUAAUGUGUUUUAUUUUAUCUAUAUAUGUUUUU